UAUUUCCUAAGAGCUAUGCAAACUUACAUAUAACCGAGGCUUGAACGCGCCUGCUUGACUAUUCGUUUACUUGCUGUUACGGUUUGCUUUCAUUUUCUUUGCAAAUAAAAAGGUUCUUCUUUCUUCUUCUUCUCCUCUUCAGUCUCUUCAACUUCCACGAAGAGUUUUCCUUUGAGAUUCAGUGGCUGUAGAAAACCAAAAACCCACUUAAGCAGGUUCAGGUUCAUCAACUUCGAAAUGGGUUUUGUGGGUCUUGUUCAAUUUGCUGUCAAAUAUUUUGUUGAUUUUCUUGCAUGGCCUCUCUUUGCCUUGGGGUAUCCUCUAUGUGCUUCCGUUAGGGCAAUUGAGCACAAUUCAGUUUCAGAUACUCAGAAGUUGAAUACUUAUUGGGUUGUUUUCUCUUUGAUUCUGCUUCUUGAACAUGUUUUGAAUCUCCUGGAGUGGCUUCUGCUGUGGCAAUACAUCAGGCUAAUGAUUGUCUGCUGGUUGGUGGUCCCUUACUUUGAUGGUGCUUUCUACGUUUAUAAAAAUCUUAUUCACCCAUGUCUUUCUAUGGACCUCCAAAAUGUCAUCAAUUGGUUCAAUAAACGAAUGGAGUCCUUGUACGCUAAAGAUAACUUUUUAACCGAGAUGGAGAAAUAUAUAAAUGAGAAUGGACCUGAAGCGCUUGAGAAAAUCAUUGCUCGCAAGAAUCUUGAUGUGAAAGAUAUCAAAGCAGCACCAUCUACAGAGAAUAAAGAGGUGGAGCAGUUGAACUCUGAAAGGCCUACUGUUACACAGAAAGAUAUCAGACCUGUAGAGGUUUUGGAGAAGAAUGAAGUGAAAGCUCCUAAGCAAGAUAGUGGAGUACAGCGAAAUGUUACUCGGGUUGAAGACAGAAAUUUUGCAGGUCCACAGAUUAAAAAACCGGUUCCUGAAGUUGCAACACAAAGAGAACUUCCACAGUGGACCUGUGAGAUAUGCAAUAUAACAUUGCAGAGUGCGUCUGCUUUUCAUUACCACCUUGAAGGGAAAAACCACCAGGCUGCUGUUGAGGCACUGAAAGCCAAAAACCAGUCAUCAGGCCCCAAGGUUGUCCACAACUUUGCAGCUCCAGAGAUUAAAAAACCGGUUCGUGAAGUUGCGGCACAAAGAGAACUUCCACAGGCGUCUGCUUCUAGUAAAGGCCAGAAGUGGACCUGUGAGAUAUGCCAUAUGACAUUGGAGAGCGUGAUUACUUUGAAUUCUCACCUUCAAGGAAAAAAACACAAGGCUGCUGUUGAGGCUCAGAAAGCCAAAAACCAGUCAUCAGGCCCCAAGGUUGCCUCCGCUUCUAUUCGAAAAAAUUCCAAUGUGCCAAAUGUGGAGCCGGGAAAGAGAGAAACGCAAAAAGGCUUUCCCGGUAAUGCUGAGGUUCGAGGCCGGAAACAGGCUAGUCCUGCUUCAGUUCCAAGGAAAUCGGUGCAAGCUCAACAGCCGAUGAAGCCUAACAUAGGAAGCAUCGGGAUUGAUAAGAGCUCUCUGUGGUGCCGCAUUUGUGAUGCAAAAUGCACUCGUGAGUCAGACUUGGUAGCUCAUCUUGGAGGUAGAAGGCACUUGGCUGCCCUUCAACAAGCAUCUACUCGGUUCGAUUUGCGUAUCUGAGACCGGCACUUUCUCUCUCUCUAUAUAUACAAUGCAAUUUACGUCGUAGUAUCGUUUUCCACCUUAAGACAUUGCUAUUCUCAUCCAGGUGUCUGAUACACCCACUUUCGCUCAAAAGAAAAUAGGCUUUACAGCAGGUGCCUUAUUGCUUGUGUUGUUUAUCUAGCAUUAGCAUGGUAGGCAUGGAAAUCUUCUGUAGCUUUACCAGAGAGUUACGAGGAUGGUAAUCAUUUUAGGAUAUAACCGUGAAGUAAAAUUACAUAAAACCAAUAAGUAAAAUUUCGUACGAGAGAAAAAUAUUUUCGUACAUGUAAAA